AAAGGUUUCUGGGAGUUGUAGUUCGCGUGCAAGCUGGAGGCCGCCCGCAGGACGGGAAGACGGGAAGGAUCUUCUUCUGGCUUCUUUUCAAGCAGAUGACAGGAGAGGAGAGGUUAUCGGGAGAGGAUAACCCCGCAGGAAAAUGAAGUUCGCCUGCCUCUCCUUCCGACAACCGUACGCCGGGCUGGUAUUAAACAACGUCAAGACCAUCGAGAGCCGUUGGCGUCCAGUGCUGGCCAACCACCAAGAUGGGACUCUUGCUGUCCACAUCGCUUAUAGAGACUGGGAAGAUGACAGCUGGAGAGACGUUCUCUUGAACAGACUCGGUUGGACUUCGGCUCAGGUUGAAGAUCUGUUAGCGGAGGGAGAGAAGUUUGGCCGAGGGGUGGUUGCUGGUCUCAUCGACAUCGGAGAAACUUUUCAGUGUGCUGACCGUUUGCCUCCUGAAGACGUUUUACAGUUGGAAAAUAAAGCUGUUCUCCGGGAUCUGGAAGGAAAAUACUUGACGGUGGUUUCCAAUCCCAGAUGGCUGCAGAGACCUAUUCCUGCACGAGGACACAAGGACAUCUGGGAGGUGGACAUCCCAGAAGAUCUGAUUCCCGCCCGUUAAAUCCGAUCAAACGUUUUCCUUCGAACUCGCUCCCCUGCUUGAGAUGGGAUUGAACAGAACAACAGUUUCGAUCCCAGCAGAUUUAACUCUACCUUCAGAACUGCUUGUGUGAUUCCUCAUCAUUGGACUUGGGAUAAAUUCAGUCUCCAGGGAAUUCCGAACUAUUCCAAAGGCGUUAUGAUUAGAUGACUAUAAAGCUGAAGUUCAUUUAAAUUAGAAGCAGUAAUUUAUUUUUUUAUUUUAAAGCAUCUUUUCUCGCGUACAUUAUACAGUUAACUUACAUCUCGUAACAUAAAUGAGCGGCUCAGCUUUGAAGCGUUUGUUACCCACAUUUUAGACUUCAAAUCAUUAGUGCACAAUGUUAUUAAAGGAUGUCC